UGGGCCCACCCUAGAAACACUCAGCAAGAGGCGGCGUCGCGUGACCCAUGCAUGAAUUUUCACUUGGCCCACCCAAGAUCUCAACUCGCGACAAUGAGCGGAGUCACACACAGCCGAGCCACGCCCCUGCGGCUCCGCGUCCGGCGGCGGCAGAGCAACGCGGAGCGCUCAAAUCGCAACAACUCCUCCGCCUCCGCGCCCGGCGACGGCGACGCCGACGGGUUCCUGUGGUCGCAGGUGAAGACGGUCAUCAUCAUUAGCUACCCAACGGAAAGGCCAUGCGAUGGCCGAGGUCUUCGAGGGCUUGAUGGAGACCUACCCCAAGUGAAAUCAGCGCGGUGCUCGGCGCCGAUGUCGCUGCCGGGACCCUACGAUGCGGUUGUAUGCGGAAAUGUACAAAAGGAUUGUGUCUUUGCAUCAGGAACGAAAGUUGAAGAGAUACACACCGGAUGCCUGAUGCUGGUUUAUCCCAUGGGAGGUGUUGCUGAGGAAGCAAUAUGUGCAUCUACGUUGGUUGGUACAAAGCGGGUAGAUCAUCUUACAUUGCUUCUGACAAACUAGCAUAGGCUCCAGAUCCUGGAGCCAUGGCUACUGUGCUGCUUGAUACGGAACCACAGAUCCAGAUCCUUGUCCUCCAGAAGCAUAAAUCUGUUUCAGCUUCGUUGUCCUACAGAAGUGCCUCGCCUAAACAGGCCAGACCUUUCCUUUUGCCUUCUUACUUUUGUGCACUGCUUCAUUAGCUCCCAAACUGUGUUGUACUUAUAUUUCGCUUAAUCUUUGCAUCAGAACCUCACAGAUUAUCUUGUAGAUAACAUAUUACUCCUCUAGCCUGAAUUGAGUGCAAAACAGCAAACAGUACAUCCUGUUAACUCAAUAUGAAAAACAAAGGUUCAUGCAAGUUUUUUAAAAAUAAUAAAAUUUGCAUUAAAAGUUCAUAGUGAUGCUUGAGAAAGUACUAAAAACAUACAAUACCGCAAAUUUUAUGCCCUGUUCAACCACGGCUGCAAAAUGACCUGCAUUCAUGCCUAAUCUGUUCAUCUGCGCACCCUUUGGCCUGUGGAUUGUUCUCAUAGGAUCUAAGACUGCUUAGACUGAUGUGAUUUGACAAUCAUUUGUAACAGACUUGAUAACUUAUUGGUUAAUUUAUUUGAACGUUGCUUAUCCACUAACUGUACUAACCAAUUGGAACUGAUUGGCAAAUAUAGUAUGAUUGUGCAUUAUGAUCAAUAGAUGCUCCAUAUAACCAC